AGAUUCAUUCGUUCACCAGCACGAAGAACAACAAAGUUUUCUCUUUGCCUUUUCCUUCUGUUUCCAACAUAGAAUGUGAACAAGAAGAAGAAGAAGCAAAGCUGUAUAACUUAAAGGGUUACUUUUCAAAGAUACUUGUUGCCAUAAUGUGAACCUGACUUCCAUCAACCUGGGAUUUGCCAUUUCAGGCAACUUUAACUACAAGCUAAAUCAUCAAAGAAGACCUUUCUUGUUUUCUUCGGAAACGACCGAAAAACGCCUCCAGAUUAUCGUGAAGCUGCGGUUUAAAUGGCUAAAGUUUGUUGGCCAUACUUCGAUCCCGAGUAUGAGAACCUGAGUGUCAGAAUCAAUCCUCCAAGGGUGUCCGUCGAUAACACGAGUUGCAGUGACUGUACUAUUGUAAAGGUUGACAGCGUGAAUAAACCCGGAAUACUGCUGGAAGUUGUGCAAAUACUAACAGACCUCGACUUCAUUAUUAUCAAAGCUUACGUCUCCUCUGAUGGUGGAUGGUUCAUGGAUGUGUUUCACGUCACGGAUCAACAAGGGAAAAAGAUCACCGAUGUAAAAACCAUUGAUUACAUAGAGAGGGUUCUAGGACCUAAGGGGCACACUGUGGAUGGGAUGAAAAAUUGCCCCGGAAAACGUGUUGGGGUUCACUCUUUUGGUAAUCACACGGCAAUAGAACUCAUUGGAAGGGACAGGCCUGGUCUCUUAUCGGAGAUCUCGGCAGUCCUUGCCAACCUUCACUUCAAUGUCACUGUUGCAGAAGUAUGGACACAUAAUAGACGAAUAGCAUGUGUACUCUAUGUCAAUGACGAUACCACGAGCGGGGCUGUGGAUGAUCCGAACAGACUGUCUAUUAUGGAGGAGCAGCUUAAGCACAUCCUACGUGGUUGUGAGGACGAUGACAAUGUUGCACGUACCAGCUUCUCCAUGGGAUUCACACAUAUCGAUCGUCGGCUUCAUCAAAUGCUGUUUGCAGAUAGGGAUUAUGAAGGUGGUGGAGUGUCAACUGAGGUUAACUAUCCUCCAUCCUUCAAACCAAAGAUCUCAGUCGAGCGUUGUGAGGAGAAAGGGUACUCGGUUGUUACCGUCCAGUGCAAAGAUCGAGCUAAGCUCAUGUUUGACAUUGUCUGCACACUCACGGACAUGCAAUAUGUAGUUUUUCAUGCUAACAUCUCAUCCAAUGGUCCCCAUGCUUCACAGGAAUAUUUUAUUCGGCACAUGGAUGGUUGCACACUUGAUACUGAAGAAGAGAAAGAAAGGGUCAUUAAAUGUCUCGAAGCCGCCAUUCAUAGAAGAGUAAGCGAGGGUCUAAGCCUGGAGCUUUGCGCCAAGGACAGAUGUGGUUUGUUGUCCGAAGUAACAAGGAUUCUCCGAGAGAACGGAUUAUCCGUUAGAAGAGCAGGGGUCUCAACGGUAGGGGAGAAAGCUGUGAACGUAUUCUACGUGAGAGAUGCAUAUGGGAACCCGGUCGAUGCCAAGACAAUCGACGCACUUCGCAAAGAAAUCGGUCACAAGAUGAUGCUUAACGUGAAGAAGGACCCGGAAAGUACGAAAGCACAGGAGGCAGAGACCAGUGGAUGGGCUAAAACAAGCUUCUUCUUUGGGAACUUACUGGAAAAAUUCCUGGCUUGAGAAAAAGACCGACCAUCAAUGUCCAUGUAUGGGUAUUAUUACAGACAUCAUGAACUGUAUAGAAUAAUGGUAGCUUAUGCAUGUCCAUCAUGGGAAAAACUUGUUAUCCCUUGUUUGUUUAAAAAUAAAUGUUUGAAUUGUGAA